UGCUUAUAUUAUCAAGAUGUCUGUUAAACCCAAGCGUCAGAAAAUUGAGAACGAAGACGAGGAGACUAAGCCAAAACAGAAGAAAGUCAAAGCCAAAAAACAGCAGGACGCCGGCUACGGAUCCGGAGAAUUUUCCUUGGACUGGGAUGUGGACAGCUACAAGACGGAGUACGAAAGUGAUGAGCACUGGGAUCUACGGCGCAGCUUUAUGCUGGCCCACAAGGAUCGUUUUGAGGAGGACCGGCUAGUGUGCCUGGCCCAAACGUUCGUCAACAUGGAGUUCAUGGGCUGCAAGUAUCCCAGCGCGACAAUGUUGUUGGUGGCCGAGUUGUCAAAGGAAAUUGCAGCGGACUUCCGUCAGAAACGAGAACAGCGCCUAAAACGCACCUUUGUCUCGGCAUCGGAUGCGGCGGAGCAGCGCGCCAAAGGGCGCCGGGCUGCACCCGUUCCCUCGGCGGGGUCCUCAAAAGAACGCCAGUGUUUUGGCGGCGGAGAUCCAGUCGAUCUCUAUCAAGAUCUGCGUUUCGGCCAGCUCAUUGUGUACUUGGCCGGGGGACGGAACUGCCUGCAAAACUCCUGCAACAUUGCGAAUGUCAAGUACGAAGAACGUGCCAGCCUAGAUCAGCCAGUUAGCGAUAAUACAAAAUACGCCGAAUUAUUAGUAAAUAAUGAGGUGAUAGCGACAGGACAGGGAGAGACCCUGAAGGCGGCCAAGCAAGCUGCCCAUAAGCAGGCGUUUAUGACGCUCCAGUCGCAUUGCUAUAGUAUAAAGCUGAAUGCCUCGCGCGACACCAUCAAGGUGGAGAAGAACAAAGACGGCGUCAACAUCAAUGUCACCAAGGAGUCCGCCGACAGUCAGUCCGAUCCCAAGUUGGACGCCAGCAACAAGGGAUAUCGCAUGAUGCGGCUGAUGGGCUGGACAGGCGGUGGCUUAGGGCGCCUGAAGCAGGGGCGUGAGGAUCCCGUAGGUUAUCUGCUAAAGAGCAAUCGCAAUGGCCUUGGAUUAACAAAUCCGAAUGGAAAUUUCGCAGAUUACCGCAGGCUUAUAGAAAACUAUGUGAGGUCGGACGACAUACGUGACAUGCAGUUUGAGCCCACGUUUUCUAAGGAAGAAAGAACUACGUUUCACCAAAUUGCCAGGCAAUUCGGCUUGCGUUCCAAUAGCUAUGGCAGUGGUGAGUCCCGGCGCUUGUUGAUCACCAAGAAGAUCAGCUAUGGCCAAAUACUGACCGAGGUCCUGUUACGACGCAACCCCAAGUUUUGUGAGCGUUACUUUGUGCACGUGCCCAUGCAGAAGGCUCACCUGUUUCCCGGUCAUGUGGCUGACCUGGAGUUGGAAAAUGUUGGCGAAUAGGCAGGACAGACAAUAUCUCAGCUCGUAGUACUCGUAUAAAAAGAUCUUCUCUAUUCUUAGUUUUAAUAUAAAGGAUGUAAAAUACAUGCAGAUUAUUUCUAAC